CCUAAUCAUUUCUCUGCCUGGUUUGACGGUUUGACCCCUCCCUUGAGAGAGAGUCAGAGACACAUAACUGCGGGUGCUGCUGCCUUUCUGGGGCGUUUCCUCCGCGGGCUGAGGGGAGUAAGCUUCAAGUCCAAAAUAAUGUCGGAAUUGAAUUGAGUAAACUUGAAAAGUUGAAGAUGGUGCACAGCGCUUACGACUGUGUGGAGCUGGUUGCCGAUUGCCCUUCCAAGAUCGAUGCCGUCGAAUCCUACGGCUCCAAGCUCCUCGCCGCAUGCUCCGAUGGAUCUCUCCGCAUCUACUCUCCCCAGUCACACUCACAACCCUCCGAUCACCACUCUCCCCUCCACCAAGAACCUUACGCGCUCGAGAAGACCCUCGCCGGUUUCGCCAGGAGGCCUCUCAUCUCCAUGGAGGUCCUCCACUCCAGGGAGCUCCUCCUCUCUCUCUCCGAAUCCAUCGCCUUCCACCGCCUCCCUUCCUUUGAGACCUUCGCCGUCAUCACCAAGGCCAAGGGCGCCAACGCCUUUGAUUGGGACGAUCGCCGCGGCUUCCUCUGCUUCGCUCGCCAGAAGCGCGUCUGCAUCUUCCGACAUGACGGUGGGAGGGGAUUCGUGGAGGUGAAGGAGUUCGGUGUUCCGGACGUGGUGAAGUCCAUGUGUUGGUGCGGUGAGAAUAUCUGUUUGGGGAUUCGAAGAGAGUAUGUCAUUCUCAACGCUACAAACGGCGCUUUAUCUGAGGUCUUCACUUCCGGUAGACUUGCGCCACCGCUAGUAGUUUCUCUCCCUUCCGGAGAGCUUCUUCUCGGAAAGGAGAAUAUUGGGGUAUUUGUGGACCAGAAUGGGAAGCUUCUUCCAGAAGGUAGGAUUUGUUGGUCGGAGGCACCCACGGAGGUUGUAAUUCAGAAGCCAUAUGCGGCGGCUCUACUGCCAAGAUUUGUGGAGAUUCGAUCCCUCCGUGAUCCUUAUCCGCUGAUUCAAACAGUUGUUCUUCGAAAUGUUCGCCAUAUCCGACACAGCAAUAACUCUGUGAUACUUGCUUUAGAUAAUUCUAUACACGGCCUCUUCCCUGUUCCUCUUGGAGCCCAGAUUGUCCAAUUAACAGCAUCCGGAAACUUUGAGGAGGCCUUGUCAUUAUGCAAGCUCCUUCCACCUGAAGAUGCAAGUCUGCGUGCUGCAAAGGAGGGGUCUAUUCAUAUUAGAUAUGCCCACUAUCUUUUUGAGAAUGGGAGCUAUGAGGAGGCAAUGGAACAUUUUCUGGCAUCUCAAGUAGAUAUAACCUAUGUUCUUUCUCUAUAUCCGUCCAUUAUCCUUCCAAAGACAACUAUUGUUCAUGAGCCAGAGAAGUUGGACAUUUAUGGGGAUGCUUCAUAUCUCCCCAGAGGUUCUUCAGGCUUGUCAGAUGAUAUGGAAUACCCAUCAACAUCUCAUAUGUUAGAAUCUGAUGAGCAUGUGGCACUUGAAUCCAAAAAAACAAGCCAUAAUAUGCUUAUGGCACUAAUAAAGUAUUUACAGAAGAAGAGAAAUAGUUUUAUAGAGAAAGCGACUGCAGAGGGAACGGAAGAAGUUGUUUUAGAUGCAGUUGGGAAUAACUUUGCAUCCUACAAUAGAUUUAAGAAAACAAACAAGGGACGUGGUAGUAUACCCAUUAGCUCCGGAGCUCGGGAGAUGGCUUCAAUAUUAGACACUGCUCUACUCCAAGCAUUGCUUCUUACUGGACAAUCUUCUGCUGCUUUAGAGUUACUGAGAGGUCUUAACUACUGUGAUUUGAAAAUAUGUGAAGAAAUUCUUCAAAAGGGAAAUCAUCAUGCUGCUUUAUUAGAACUUUACAAGUUCAACUCAUUGCACCGGGAAGCACUUGAACUUCUUCACAAAUUGGUGGAAGAGUCAAAGUCUAGCCAGUCAGAAAUUACCCAUAGGUUUAAGCCUGAGGACAUCGUUGAGUAUCUUAAGCCACUGUGUGGGACAGACCCCAUACUUGUUCUAGAGUUCUCCAUGCUUGUUCUUGAAAACUGUCCAACACAAACUAUUGAGCUCUUUCUGUCCGGCAAUAUUCCAGCUGAUAUGGUGAACUCGUAUUUGAAGCAGCAUUCUCCAAACAUGCAAGCUAGAUACUUGGAGCUCAUGCUUGCAAUGAACGAGAAUGCCAUAUCUGGCAAUUUGCAAAGUGAAAUGGUAAACAUCUAUCUCUCAGAGGUGCUUGAUUGGUACACGGAUUUAUGUGCUCAACAGAAAUGGGAUGAGAAGGUUUAUUCCCCAACAAGGAAAAAGCUGUUGUCUGCCUUAGAGAGUAUAUCUGGUUACAAUCCAGAGACUCUGCUGAAACGUUUUCCCCCAGAUGCAUUAUAUGAAGAGCGUGCAAUAUUGUUGGGAAAAAUGAACCUACAUGAACUGGCAUUAUCUUUGUAUGUUCAUAAGCUUAAUGUUCCAGAAAUGGCUUUGUCUUAUUGCGAUCGGGUGUAUGAGUCUAUGCAUCAGACAUCAGUUAAAUAUCCCAACAACAUAUACCUUACGCUUAUGCAAAUCUAUUUGAAUCCUCGGAGGACAACUGCAAGCUUUGAAGACAAAAUUAUAAAUCUGUUGUCCCCUCAGAAUACCACCACACGAAAAGUUGGUUCAGCAACAUCAGUAAAACCUAAAGGAACCCGAGUAACCAAGAAAAUUGCUUCAAUAGAAGGAGCAGAGGACACAAAAGUUAGUUCAAGCAGCACGGACAGUAGCAGGAGUGAUGGGGAUGGGGAUGAAUUUAGUGAGGAUGGUUCUACUAUCAUGCUUGAUAAGGUCCUUGAUUUGUUGGGACGCAGAUGGGACAGAAUAAAUGGAGCUCAUGCCCUUAAACUUUUACCAAGAGAGACUAAAUUACAGGACUUGCUUUCAUUUCUUGGACCCCUUGUUAGAAAAUCCAGUGAAAUGCAGCGUAAUUGCUCAGUCAUCAAGAGCCUGAGACAGAGUGAGAACCUUCAGGUGAAAGAUGAACUCUAUAGUCAGAGGAAAGCAGCUGUGAAGAUAAGCAGUGAAAGCAUGUGUUCUUUGUGCCACAAAAAGAUAGGGACUAGUGUUUUCGCAAUCUACCCGAAUGGGAGCACUCUCGUGCACUUUGUCUGUUUCAGAGAUUCUCAAAAUAUGAAAGCUGUGGCCAAAGGGUCUCAAAUGAGGAGGCGAUUAUGAAAAGGAAACCCAUAUUUCAAUUGUUGGUCCUGUUGUAUCAGCUGUGAGAUCUUUUUCGUUUUUGUUUUGUUCUUCUGAAAAGUGAGAUUUGAUGUGAAUGUUGUCGUGUGUAUCCGGUUUAAUCCCUUUUCUUUUUUGGCGUUGUAAAUAUCGGGUUAGAGACUUACGAGUGUGACACAUUUUUGUAUUUUGAGCAUUGGAAGGGAGCAGUAGAUUUUCCACUCAUUUCCCCUCUCGUGUAUCAUUCAACAUUAUAUCAUUAUAUGAUCGAUGUUAAAUUUCAAUACCUAAUUUUAUGGCUUUCAUCCUGAACUCCGCCCUCGUAGGUAUUUGGUUUGUAAUUUAAGUUCACUCUUGAAAAUCUCAAAAUACUACAUAGUCACGCCUCUUGUAUUUGCUUA